AUGGAGUUGUUUUGGAAAGUGUAUGAGAAAAUGUUGAGUAACAAGGAUAUAAGACCCGAUGAUCUUACUUAUAACAAUUUGAUUGAUGCUUACGUGAGGGACGGGACAGUGAAGGAAGCUAAAAAGUUGUUUUUUCAAAUUGUGAAGAAUAAAGCUUUUACUCCAAGUUUAGUGACAUACAAUGUGCUAAUUAGCGAGUUAUGUAAAAUAGGCUAUGUUCUUACGGCGUUUAAGAUUAAAAAAUCAAUGAAGAAUAAGGGGUUGAAAACCGAUAGGUGUGCUUACAAUAAUCUUAUUGUCGGGCUAUGCAAAAGGAAGAGAACUCAAGAUGCAAAGUUGCUUUUUAAUGAAAUGGCGUUUAAAAUAAAAGAUGAAACGGUUGCUCAAGGGCUUGAGGCUAGUUUUGACAAACCUACAAUCAAAGCUUACACAUACCUUUUGCGUUCUUACAUCAAAUCAAGAGAUAAGGCAAAGAUUUUCACUUUUGUAAGGGAUUUGACCGAACUAGGUAUCCCAAAAAACCAAGUAUUACCGGAUCUCUUGCUUGAUGGUUUUUCAAAUGAAUAUAGUUUUGAGAAAACUUUGAAACUUUUGGACGAGCUAGUAGCUAAGGAGCUUUGUUGCAGAAGCAUCUUUGAUCGAUUGCUAUACUAUUUCUGCAAAAAAGGCAAGUUUUACGAAGCAAUGGCUUGCAUUGAUGAAGUGAAGCAGAGGGUUGUUACCAUUAGUCCCGACACUUGUAAGGCUCUUGCAGCUGGGUUGAAAAAUCGCGGCUAUAAGCCUACAAUGAUGAAACAGUGA